UGCCGCCCGCAGCCCGGCAUGGAGGAGGACGAGGGGGCUGCGGGCGGCGCGGAGCAGCGGCACCCCCGCCGGCGGCCCGGGGCCGAGCGCUCCCCCAGCCCCAGCCGCCUGGACGUGAGCUCCAGCCGCUUCGACCCUCUGCUGGCGCUGUACUCCGCCGACACGCCGCUCCCCUUCCCCUCCGCGCCCUGCUUCAACAACCUCGCCGAGUAUGAGAGCUUCCAGCGCGGCCUGCUCCGCCCGCGCGGCCGCCGGGGUCCCUCCGCUCGCCGCGGCCCUUCCGCCGGGCGCUCCGCCCGCCGCGGUCCUCCGGCCUCGGACCCCGAGCGCAUCCAGCGCCUCCGCAGCCUGAUGGUGAACGCGGGCCCCGAGCAGGACGCGGCAGGCGGCGGCACGGCACGGCGCCGGAGGGCUCCGCGUAACGUCCUGACCAGGAUGCCGCUGCAUGAAGGCAGCCCACUGGGGGAGCUCCACCGCUGUGUCCGAGACGGUGUAAAAAUCAAUGUUCACAUCCGCACUUUCAAGGGGCUCCGUGGAGUCUGCACAGGCUUCUUGGUUGCAUUUGACAAGUUCUGGAAUAUGGCCCUGACAGAUGUGGAUGAGACAUACAGGAAGCCAGUUCUGGGCAAAGCUUUCUAUGCAGAACCUCAGCUCUCACUAACCCGGCUGUUUGACAGACUCAAGCUGCAGGAUGCCUCUGUGAAGAAGGGAGCUGACUCAAAGGCUGUAUCGGGGGAGCUAGCCCUGACAAAUGACUCUCAGAUGCCUGGAUGGAAAGUUGGAUCGGGACGAGGGAGAGAAGAAGAUGAGCAUGAGAAGCAGAAACGCUUGGGCAGAGGUGGAGAAAAGAAGGUGCCAGGAGACAGUUUGCAUCUGGCUGUCAGAGGUGAAGCUGAUGUGGGCAGCGGGACUGCUCACACAGGGGGUGCUGCUGCUGCUGGUACCCACACAAGAAGCCAGGCACGGAGGAAAAGGAGGCCCAAAGUGGAUUAUCAACAGGUGUUCACACGUCACAUAAACCAGAUUUUUAUUCGAGGAGAGAACGUCUUGCUUGUCCAUUUAGCUCAUUGACUUGGAUGAGCCUUCGUCACUGUAUUUAUUUGAUAGCAUGAAUUGCUGUGGUAGCUCUCAUUCCUAUGUAGCAUUCUUGUGAAUGUGGUACUGUGACAGGUUUCCCACUGCCGUAACCAGGUAGGGGAAGUAGUUCUAACUGGAGUAUCCUGAGCUUACUGCCAAAGCAGCCUCCUUCAGUCUCUGCUGGGGGUCUCAGGGUGAGGUCAGCAGCACGGUUUUGCUUUGUGAGAUGAGGGAGACGAGCACAGAGCCCUCUGCUUCUUAAAAAGUAAACAGCUACGUCAGGAAGGUUGGCCGAGAAUGUUUGUGCAGUCAGAUAUAGGAGCGAACUGUGACUUAUGAUUACAGAGCUGAAGGUGAGAUCUCCACCCAAAACAAAUCACAAGUGAUAUUUUGCAUGUUCUGAGGAAUCCCUGAUUUCACACGUUCCAAAACCAACCGUUUAUCUGCCAUUGUUACACGGAUGUUUUCUCUUCCAGAUGUAAUUCUGACAGUCAGAUUAAAUAAUGUGUGAAAAGGGGGGGUGACAUGCUACUGAUGGCUCCAUCGUUAGCUCUGCAAUGCUACGUGUGAUAGAAAACCUCUUGUCUCAGUUGAAGACUGUUCUUUUUCUGUUAACGAUUGCCAGGAUUUAAUCUUUUUUCAGUGUCAAAGCUUGUGCUCUUAUUUGCAGUGCCAUGCUUUCACCAUGUGUCACCAGCAAGCAGCUAAUGGAGCUGAUGUAGGGACCUCCACAUUUGGGGAAUAUCUCUGAAUGCUGUGGAUGCAUAUGGAAAACUGUGCUUUUCUCUUUCACCCAUUUGGUUCUUGUUGCAAUAGCAAUAUCUGCAAAGAUGCAGUUUUCCUUCUCAGAUACAAGUGUUCAUGCUGAGCACAUCGUGCUGUGUGUAAGUGACUUUAAGUUCCCUCUGUUGAAACUAGAGGUGCUCUGUCUCCAGCUGUUCUCGUGGAGCACAAAUUGUCACAAUUCUUUUCUAUCUGUAUAAAAGUCAAACUCAGCUCAUUGGUCAUUUUAUUUUAGUGUUCUUAAGCUGUGACAGAUCAGGCCAGGCUUCUGCAUAUAUAAACUGCUUUCUGAGAGUUAUGUACAAAAGUUUGAGGGUAAAUAAUGCUGUUAAAUUACUUAGUCUGUUCUCUUGGAUGGCAGAGGACGCUAGAUUUCAUGCUGCUGUUCCCAUUUUCAUAGCAACUACCUUAUACUUCACAGCAGCUCUGGUGUGAGGAUGUGAAAUUGCCAGGACAACAGGUGAAACAGCUUUCUAGUGCUUUAUAGCAGGUCUUGUGUUGCAUACUGAGGUCAUAAGUCCUCAGACUCACUGAGUGAGUGUCCUCUUGAAUGACAUGUUUCUACUGCAACAAAUGCAGCAUAUUGCUUGCUUGUCAUUAGGAGUACAUCUGGUGCUUGGGUGAAUUACAGAACUCAUUUAGCAGGAGCUCCUGGGCACAUAGAGCAGCUUUGAGCCUCUGGGGGAGCCUGAAACUUUUAUGUCAGCGUUUCAGAUUGAGGUGGGGUUGGAUGACUGAUCAGCACAGCCACUGAGAAGCAGAUCUGACUUCAGACUGGGACAAAAGUACCUCAGAUUGAGAAGUACUGUGGAGGCAAAAACCAAUUUCACGGAGUUCAGAAAAAAAGAAUAUUUACUAUUUUUUAUUACACAUAACUUCAGUGCUGUAAUUCCUCCCUACUAUGAGCUCAGCACUGAGCAGAUUCGUCCCUUGGAGGUUCUUGCCUCCCCUUGUGCUGUUGUUUGUGUUGAUGUGGGCCGCUGUUCCCUCGUACACAGUUUCCUUCUUUCAGUAGUUUUUCUCCUCUGGUUGCUCCUUUCUAACUUUGCUUUCAGAACAUUGUUCAUCUCUUUACCCUUGGUGGCUCUUUCUAAACCUUUCCUGAUUGCCUUUCCUUGCACUUGCCAGCUGAACAGAAUUCUCACAAAUUACUGCAAGCAUAUGAAGCUUGAAACAAGGAACUUCUUUCUGCUCCUGAGUUCUCAGCAACUUCCAUUGCAAAUUACUAUUUUUCUUUAUUUUGUUUUCAGCGGUGUUUCUUUUUUCUCCUCCAAUUUCUGACUGGUUUGUUUCUGUUUCAGCUCUGUGGGCUGACUGUAUCUGCCUCUUCCAUUCACGUGUGCCAGAGGCUGCUGGUUUGACACUCCCUUUUCUCUCAUACUUGACCAAGGGGUGUUGUAUCUCCACUCUCAGGCCUGUGUUUAUUUUUCUAACCUCAUAUCUGUAUUUCUCUUUGUCUGCCUGUUUCUUUCUUUAAAUACUUCUCUAUAUCCUUUCUUACACAUUAAAUAAGAUACAGCUGCAUUGAGUGUUCUUUCAACUUCAGUGCCCUCUUUCCAUGCCACUGACACUUUACUUACUUCACUUCACUUCACUUACUACAAGAAGUCUCAGUGUUUCCUUUCAUAAAAGGUUUUUUUCUGGAAUCUUACAGGUGUUUGUUGCUUCACAUCUGUUUCUGUUUGUAGAUUCUAUGAGAAAUGCUGGUGCUCACACUUGCAUUGGUGCCUUGAUUUUUAUAUUGCUGACCUGUUCUUCCACAGUCAUCAUCUCAGUCCACAAACCUGGUUAAGAUUGAUGCCAUUUUAUUUCUUUUUCCUCUACCUCAUCAUUAAACUGUUCUUCCUCUUUUCUCAUUGCUUUCUUAUCUCUGAACUUGAUUAAUCAAGUUUCUCUUACACUUUAGCUGUAAUGGUUUGUGUGGCGUUCUUCCUUUAUUUCCUAAUUCUUACCCACUCCUCAUUAUUUCCAAGCUGCUUCUUAAAUGCAGGCUCUGCCUUUCUCCUAGUCUUCUUGUUCCCUCCUUUUUCUGACAGCGUAUCAUUUUAAGGCCCAUGAUCUAAGUGCUGUUUGAUGAACUUUGUGUCACUCAAACAUUUGAUUAUGACUUAGCAAGUGAUGCUGUAUGUGUUGUCACUUGCAUGUUUAAUACUUCAGAUAAAGUUUCUCUUUAAAUAAAAUUGAAUGCGAUUCCGAAGUGAAGUUUUCUACCUCACUGAAGUAUUCAUGUAAAUUGAACAAACCAAAACCACUUUGUUAUUUUGGUUGCUGUUUCUGGUUGUUUCUUUCUGUGUUUUUACCUUUUCCAGACACAGCACAGAUCUGGGUUCUUCAUUCAGCAGCUGGCACCUCCUGCAUUCCUUUUUUGCUGUAGUGUCACAAAGGUGUGAGCAUAGAUAUCUGAAGUUACUGCGCUAGAGACUGAGAGCAGGAGCAGGAGGCAGCCCUGAGACACAAAGUAAAGGUCAACAUGUUUUGAGACAAGUGUAAAGAUCCCUGGGGGGGGGGGUCACCUCCUGGUUGCAUUCUGUCUGGUGUUUCUGGGAUGUUUUUCAGCCUGUUGGUAAGCAUUGAUUCUUAAAGCCUAUUUAUUGUGAGGUACCAAAUGAUUGCAAGGAGCAAUGUUUAUUGACCUGCCUUUGAAGAAGUGCUGUGAUCACUGGAGAUGAUUUUAGGAUAAUUCCUGAAAUAACAGAUGUGAAACUUGUGCAACGUUGCAGUGCCAGCUGCAGGUAUAUGAUACAGAACAUGUGGCUUAAAGCAAUAGUCUUAGAAUUAAACUGGGUGUCACAGAUAUUUCUCAGUGCCACCAUGUGCCUUUCUAUUGCCAGCAUAGUUCCGUAGGGAAUGAAGUCACAUGAGACCUUUAAGAAGGGCUGUUUUGUUGGGUUUUUUUGAAUGGUGAUAUAAUUCUGAAGUCCUUUUCACACAGUCUGAGUGAGAUUUUCAUGGCACCACAGGACAAAUCCUUUAUGUGCUGUUGGGAAGUGAGGAAAACAGUGAGAACCAGGCUGAGCACCGCAGCGUCAGCCUGUAGUUGUGAGUAUUGUUCUUUCUUGGGAACCUUUUACUCAGGUGCUUCAUUUUUAUCAAACACUUGGGAAGUACAGGGUGGAAACAGAAUGGAUAAGGGCAGCGUUAGAAAGGAACUUGUAGAAAGCACAGCUUUUAGUCCCUCACCUGACUAGUCUGGUUUGCUCAUUGCCUGAAAGUUUUUCUGAUCUAGAGUCAGGCGCUAGCAUGAUGUUACUGAAAUAGGCAGCACAUGGUGGUUUUUGAUUGCUUUUCUCCUUCAGCGACUGGAUUGUUUGUUUCUGAUGCAGCUUUGCCCUGGGCACUGUUUGGAAGCAGGUCUCAGCAGGAUGCAGCUGGAGUUGCCCAUCAAUUGCAGUGGAUGAAGAAGUUCUCAGGAAAAAAAAGGCAGCAGAUAUAAAAGAUGUCUGAUUUUUGUUGAAUUUAGUGUUGUGUCCAACAUGCUGCCCACAAUGCCCUUUCUGUUGCCCAGUGGCACUGACUGAAAUGAAAUCGGUACAAAGAAUGAUUUCAUCUGAUCUUGAAAGAAAAUGGGAAAACAGAUGGGUCAGCAAACUUAAGUAUCUGAAGAUGUAUAAUUGCAGGUAAAUUUUCAGUCUUUGAUUAGACAGAGCAGAACUAUAAGCAGCAGUUUAAAAUGAAGGCUGUGUGGCUGGAUACAAUUGCAAGGCGCAGCCCUCAGAGGUGAAGCAGCAGCAGUAGCAGUCGUACAGUGAUUGCUUCAACCAGGCACACGCUUUCCUGGGAAGCUGUUAUGUGUUUGUGGCUGCCUCAAAUCAUAACUGCAAAAUACUGUGAGUUGAUAUAGAGCUGUUUUCUGCCUGCAUCACAAAGUGUAAAGAAGAAAUGCUAGAUUGUGUAUCUUCUGCAGCCCAGAACUAUUUCAGUUCAUGCUUUCACCUCUUGGCAUUGGCUUAAAAAUUGGAAGCUUGUACUAUAGCAAUUAUAAGACUGCCUUGUUAGUGCUUACUAGAAAUGAUAUUUAAAAAUUAAGAGAUUACAGGAUUUAUGGAAUUACGUGAUACUGAUACAGUGACUAAAGGUUAUAUUAUUGUGCUUAAGGCAUUACAAACCAGAAACCUCUUUUCUGAAGUAUACUAUGAAGAUGCGCAAAUGGAAAUGUAUGAAGCCACUGUAGGAGCAAGAGAAGAUAAAUAAUCCUUCCCUUCUAGUGCAGGAAGAUGAUCUUCGUAGAGUGAGGUAGUUAUUUCCAAGCUGGUUCUCCCAGCAUUUCCAUGCUUGAUGGGAGAUGGGCAUAAACAGUCCAAAAUCCAAAGUGACUUAGGCACAAUCACAAACAGAGCUCAAAGGGACACGAGUCUGCUUGCCAACUUGAAUAUAAACAAUCUUAACUUCACAGUGAAAGUUUCUAGAAGAGCAGUUCCAGUUUGUAGCAAUCAGGUGUCCACAACGCUGGCAGGGUGCAGCUUUCUUGGUGUUACUGUCUCCCACAAGACGUCUGUACAGCGGUUCUCCUAGAGGUGUGCUGUCCUGUGUUACCUUGUGUUUUACACACAAAGCAGUGAGUGUGCAGAGGUGAUGCUGUAGUGCAGCCUCCAUUCGUUGAACCGUGCCCCAAGGGUCUCUGCCAGGCUCCAUCCCUUAUAACUGAUCCUGCCUCUAAAAAUGUGCAGAGAAAACCCAGUGGGAGAACAAACAAGUAAGGAGAUUUCCUCUUUUGAGGCAGGGCUGGCAGGAGGCUUGGUUUUCCUCGUUAGCUUUCUGGGGGUGUGGGAGGAAGGACUGCUUCAGUAUUCAGAGGAAUAUCAGAGCUGGCUUGUCUCAUGAUGUUUACACGUCCUUUCAGAUGUCACUGUAAGUGCUCCUGCUCUUAGCUGGGAGGAGUGGAGGCCUGUCAGGGAAGGAAAAUGGCUUCUGAUGUUCCUGGAUAACUGUUUUAUUAGCUGCUACCUUCACAGUGUACACUUGGAUGACUUAGCUGAAGAAAAUUAGUACACCUGAGACUUUCAGUCAGUCUUGUAUUCAUUUAGAAUGAAAAGUAGUUUGAUCAGUUUGUGUAAAAACAUAUCCAUCUUUUUUUUUCCUCUCAAAAGAUCAGUGCUCUCUCUCAGGCAAGAAAUGAAAGCUGCUCCUGCUCCUUUAGUGAUUGCUUCUGAUUUGCACUGCUUCAGAGCAAAGUGCAGCUGUGUCAUUGUACCUUCUGCCUGACAGAUCAUCCUGAGAUGAGAAAAUGAGAGCAGUGCUCCAUUUCUUUAACACUAAAAUGGGCAUUAUGAGAGGAGCAGUUGUGUUGACCUCUUUCCAAAUGGUGCAUGCAUCCAAUAUAGCUGCAUGGACUGGGACUUGCAACCAAUUAGUCAGUUACAAAGCUUCCCCAGUGAAACACAAAGGGGCAGCACAACCUACCAGACCCAUACGGGGUUGGAAGUCAGGUGCUGACAAAUUCCAACCUCACUACUGCCACUCACUCACUGAAUGGCCUUGGCAUGUCACUUUCCUAUAUGCUCCACAGCUGUAAUCCAUCUGAGAGCAUCCUUGCCUGUCUCACCAGUAUCUGGGGGAGCAGUGAGCGCUACACAAGUGCUAAGUAUUGUUAUUAAAACUAUAAUAUGUCAGGUAAUGCAGAUACACACGGAUCAUCUGCCCUCUUCAGGCACUCGACUGUUAGCCUUGUGUCUCGGUACAUGGGAGGUGUGCCAGACAUCAGGUGUAAUGACGCACUUCAGUCCUGGAACUACUUGUGUUUUCAAGGUGACUUCAAUAUCUGUUUCACACUGCAGUGCCAUGUUUGGGUCAAACUGAUAAAUAAGGGUGUAACUUGUUUGUAAUUCCUUCUCCGUCUUCCUAUUUUGUUUCUUAGGAAGCUGAUGCUGCUAUGAACAUAUUGAAUAAUACCAAAUUUGCAAUAUUCUGCUUUCAGAUAUAAAUGUUUAUAUUUAAAAGUGCUAAGACUACACUGCAAUAAACAAUAUCCAUUUAACAGUUGGCUUCAAAGCUUGCUUUUUGUGCUCUCUCUAGUAUAUUUAUGACAGUGCUUAGGACAGGCACAUGGAUGUAGGGGCCACAAGUUCCAACUGCUAGUGCUUCUAUCCAGUGUAUGAUCUGAGGGAAGCAGUUGUCUUUGUGUUCAAAAGCAUAUUUGGCCACAAAUUAACAUCACCAUAGCUGUCUUUUAGAGAUGCAGAAAGGAAGCGAACUUCACACUGAAGAAUGUAAGUACCAUCCUGAUCACUCCAAGGGCUGCUACAUAGGAUGUAUCUUCCACUGUGCCACCAAGAGAGGGUUUUCCAGGAACUGGAGAGUUUUAGAGCUGCCAUGCAGUGUGAGUAGAGACAGCUUCUGACUGCCAGGAAGCUGAUUGGUCCCACAGUAAACGGUGCUGGUGUGUUUGGAUCACAGGUGCUAAAUAUAUGGGUGCAGGUUGCUAGAGGUGAUAAGAAAUCUGUUGUGGAAUUCAGGUGUUUUCUAAAGGAAUCAACCUGCCAACUGCUUAAAGAAUACAAAAUCUGCAGUUUAAAGCUACCAGCAGCAGUAGGAGGAUGCAUGUAAUGAGAAGGAUCAGACAGCAGCAAAUUCACAGAGGUCUGUACCCAUUGACUUUCAUUUGCAUUUUAAAGUGCAGUUCUGCACCAGGAGCAUGCCCUUUCUGCCAUGUGUCUGGUAUCUCUCUGAUGUCACUGCAGUCAGAGUGGCAGUGGAUUCUUGCUUGCUCUUUCAGAUUACAGCUCUGUCUGUUUAAUUGACAAGUGCAAAGGACAUGAGUUGUUUGAUGUUCCCGCAGGUUGUGAAGCACGUGCUCUAAUACCUCCCUAACCGGAGUCACAUCAGUUGGUUUAAGUGCAGCAGUUGUAUUCCUGAGCUUUCCAUGAAACAAGUUUGGCACUGCCACGGAAAACUGGAGCUUUUUGCAUUGUUCUACUGCUCUUAGCUAUUAAAACCUAAACUGUAGCUUUGCCAGUGUAAAAAGGCCUGCUAAAGCAUGGUUGGAAACUUCAGUCUCGUAUGCGGACUCAGACGUGUGGGUUGUGUGUACUUGCUUGCAGGUGACGUGCAUCUGAGAGUACCUGUGCAGACAGUUGUCUCAUAUCCAAUGAGACCAUUGCUCAGGUUAAGGGAAACGAUGGCUGGAGCAAUAAGGCACAGUUAGAAAUUCCAGUUCUGAGUUUAGCUGCUGUCCAGGUAUUCUGUGUAGCACAUUCAUCUCACCACAGUUCUGAUGUCAGUUUGGUUUUGAAACCUGUGAACUGCUGGAGCUUCUCUGGCGAUACUGAAGCUGUUGGAGGUUGGGACCGCAUCUCAUGCGCUCACCCCGCCGCUCCCCGCCCGCUGCAGCCGCGAGGUGGCAGCAAGGGAAGGGGAAUCCCGCGGCCGCCGAGAUCCCGAGGGGUUGGGAGGAUGGGGGGGAGGAGAUCCCACUGCGAGCUGAGAUUCAGGUUGGAUUUACAAGGAGGGUGGUGAGGCAGUGGCACAGGUUGCCCAGGGAGGCGGUGGUGCCCCAUACCUGCAGACAGCCACGGUCAGUCUGGAGAAACUCUGAGCACUGAUGGAGCUGUGGGUGGCCCUGUUCAUUGCAGAGGAGUUGGAACACAUCUCCUUUAAUGUCCUUUCCAACUCAAACGAUGCUGUGCUGAUAUACAGGCUGGAAUCCUAUAUUGCAGAAUACAGUGGUUGGAAGGGAUCUCUGAGGCUCCCCCAGUCCGCCCCCCCCACUAAGAGCAGGAUCCUGCAAUAUAAGUACUCAGUUAAGCAUCCUCCUGGGUUUUGAAUAUCUCUGGAUAAGGAGAGCCCACCACAUCUGUGCAGUUCACGUGGAAGUGACGUGGUGUGGAAAAUACUGAAAUAGUAUUCUUUGAGCCCGUGGGCGCUGUCGUGGUGUGGUCACACACAGCUGCAGCAGAGGCUUGAAGGGAACCAGCCCCUCUUCUGCUCUGCCCUGCUGGGGACCAGCUCAAGCACAAGGGGUUUGUCACAUCAGUGUGGUCAGUGGAACAAGCGCGCAGCACAGCGAUCAGGAAAAGGAUGUGGGGGUUUGAGUGGAAAAUCUGAUGCUAUUGGACUGAUGUAGCAGCAGGAAGGAUGGCAAACAGGACAUUGCACAGCAAGGGGCAGAAAGAGCAGAGUAGAGAGCUGUGCCUGUUAUGAGUGAACCAGAGUGAGCCAGAAAGGAGGAAGUGAGUGAUUUUACACUUCUCUGCUGGAAGAAGGGUGCUGUGGUGGUUCUUUGGGAAGCAUGGGUGAAUGUUGGGCAGUAUCAGCAAGUUUUCAAAAAGGUGGAAGAAACAACUGAAAGAACUGAAAGAAUUUUAGUUGCUUAGAGGCUCCAAAAUGAGAACAGUGGGAAGUAGAGGGAAGAUGGGGACUCUCAGCAAGACCUCCCUGCACCACACACCUUGUUUGUCUUCACUCCAGCUCAAACCUGGGAUAAAUGAGCUCAAACAAUGCUGGAGGGAUACACUUCAUGCCUCUGCUAUUAGCUGCUGUAAUGCCUGUACUGCUGGUUUAGAAGCUGUGGUUGGGGUGGGGUGCUACCAGGUCACAGCACCAGGGUGGCAAACUAGGACUUAAACAGCUCUAAAUUCAGCCAAAUAUUUCAAAUGGGCACAAACCUCAGUCUUCUCCAGCACCCCUUUGCCCCCCAGCUUGGUGUUUAUGAUGUACGUUUGCUAAACCACCUCCAUCAGGCAAUGACAGCUUUAUACCUGUAAGAUAGCAGGUAGUUAUUAGUUUAUUUUAGAAACACCUGCAUUCUUGUCAUUCCUCCUCCAACCAGGAUGCUUUGAAGCCGCCCACUCCUCAGCUUGCUGUUUUAAUUAAAAACACAGACCCUUGAAAAAGCAGGUUGUACUGUCUCCAACCUCUUGAGACACAGCAAACAUCAGUGUUAGCGUGCAGCACUUGCUGAGAGCCAUCCUUGGCCUCGUGUCACUGUCAUUUUGCAGUGUAAACUAAUGAACAAAGAGCUGCUAUUUGUCACGAUAUCCAGUGUAAGGGCUUUCAGGGAGUGCUGCGGGCUGACAGGGAGAUACUGCAAGAGGCUGCAGACCCUGACCUCAAGUAACAGCUUCAAAGGAGCUCCUGAAAAGUUCUGCAGCACCCAGAAGGAAUUCUCUUAGAAGGAAUGGAGCAGUCAGUGCACUUCAGUAGCUAAAACUACAUCAAGGCUUCUGCUGACUUGGUGGAAAUGACAUUGUUUUGCAGGGAAACGCUGUUCUGUGAGGCCUGCUUUUCACCUGAGGAAAAGGAGCUGUGCCUUACGUGAUGAUAUGAGCUCGCACCAGCAGUGUGCCUGCAGGGAGUGUACAUGGGAAGGAACAGGGGAGCAGAGCAGGAGCCACAGAGCACUGUCCUUAUCUUGCUGUGAGGGGGCGAGACAAAGCCUCAGCUCCCAGGGAGGAUGGCACAGCCUGUAUCAAAGGAAAAGGUGGGAAAUCAGAGACGGAUUCACCGAGCAUCUUUUAGUCCAGAUGGCACUGCCUGCUUCCCCCUCAUCCUCCUCCUUACCUCCUGCCCCAUGCUCAGUGGGCCAGGCACACAGCUCCCCAUCAGUGAUGUUUCUCCAAACCCUGUGUUGUUUGCAGGUGCUUGAGGUUUCCCUGAGGCUGCAAGCCCCAGCGCAGAGACUGGAAGGUGGCAAGCCAGUGGUUUGGCUCUUCCUGCUGCCCAAAGACAGUAUCCAUGGGCAGAGCUCUUUGCUUGCUCCCAUCAGUGCUUGGAAUCCAGGUGAUGAAAAAGGGUGACAUCACUGUGACAUUUCCAUGUAUUGAGACAGGAAUACAGAACUUCCAUCACCGGGUCAAGAAAUUCACACACAUUGAACUGGGCUGGAAAAAACAAAUCACCCAGGGUGGUGUAGGCUCAGAGACAGACGAUCCUUCCUCACCUCUUCACACCUCGGUGGGCCUUGGGGGGAUGUGGUCUUCUGCCCAGAAGGGUGAGAGACAGCGGGUGAACAGAGGCUGCUGUGGAGAGACCUGUGAAGGAACCCGAUUUCCUGUCCUUUAGGAACUUAACCCUUAGCAUUCCCUCAUCCUGGGUUUGUUUGCAAGUCAGAAAUGGGGAAAGAUUUUGGUAAUUUCAGUAUUACCAACAGUUUGUUAAAAGACUAAUUGCCAAGUAGCUUAUGCAUGUGGGACCAUUAGUAAUUCUGUAGCUAUGCAAAUUAAAACAGUGAUGUAUGAUUUAUAGCUUUAAUAAUGUUCUGAAGGCUCUUAAAUUUUAAUCAGUUGCAACAUCCUUUUUAAUAUUCAAUUACUUUAUUAACUAAUUAGGUCACUUGCUGAAAAAGCACAUAAGGCUAGUGCUAUUUUAAUAUCAGCUGAAUAUCACAAAAUACCUUUGAAAUGGUGUAAAUGGUUUAUUUAUUUUAAAUAGAUCAUUAAGAUGCUACAAUUAAUAAAUCAAUUACAGAAGAGAAGGAAGAAAAGACAAGAAAUUGAUAGAUGGCAACCCACAACAGCAGCUUCUGUACUUACUUUCAAAAUGUUCACGGGGAUGCUGAACUCAGGGAAUGUACCUUCCUAGAUAAUUUGUAUUCAGCUGAAGGGAUAAGGUUCAAGAUAUGCUUGGUUCAUUACGGAUGCUUUUUUUGUAUGAAUUUAGCUUUCUGAUUGAUAAAAGCUUCCAAAUGACCUUGAAAAGUAAAAGUAUUUAAAAGGACAGCCCUCCAUCACGGUUUGCUCUUUUGUCCAUCUCAGAAAGAUAAAGCCAUUACAUCUUAUUGCUGCUAAUUCUAGGGUGAAAGGCAGAGCUCCUGGGAGGGGGAAGGUGUGCUGCUAAUCAGUGACCCACCUGCUGUGCUCCAAAUGGACGUGGAGCCCAAUCCUCAGGAGAGCCAGAGCUUUGCUGGUUGGAUUCGCAUCUUUGCUAAAGCAGGGCAAGGAGUACAUUUCGACAAGGUGUUAGGGAAGGAGAAGUCUUUCAUCUAUAGGAAAUAAGAAAAAACAACAGAACCAAACCCUGGACUAGACUAGCCUGCCUAGAGAUGCUAUCAAUCUAGCACGAGUUCUCAGUGACCUCCAAAGGAGCAUCCAUCAGCUGCCAAACUCCCUGCCCACAUGCAGCAGGAUGGGCGAUACAGGCAAGGAGGAAGGGGAAGUGGAAGAUGGGACAUGGAUGCUUGAAGAAUAAUUACCUUCAUAACCUGCAACACAACCUGGGCAAAACCAGCCCAAACUUCUUGGCUUUUCCACUUCUACAGGCAGUGGAAUUGCACCUUCACGUUUUUCUAAGCAAGGAAACUAUCGCAGUUCCCAAAACAAAAGAUGCACACGCCUCCAUCCCAGGGCAUCUGCAAACAGGUUAUUUAACAGUUGGCUUUAAGUUUUACCACCACUCCGACUUAAAGUGAAAUUGUAACUUUUCUAAGAACAAUUCUAGCUCCUUAAUGUUUUCCCAUAAAAAAGAAUUACUGAUGCUUCAGGUGGCUGCUGUUCUGCAUAAUCAUCCAUUGGCAAGAGAAGGUAUCUGGAUUAGACAUUGAUGCAUGAAGGAUUUGGAUGCUUAAAAUAAUGCUAAAUCCACAUUUUAAAGGAGGAAAUGUCAAAGGAAAGGACUUGUACAAACAUAAGAAAUGCUGCUACAGGUUGGGAUAACACACGAUGCUACAUAUUUUGGAACAAGCACAGAUAAAACCCUUAAGAGCUCAGAUGUUUAUGCAGUCAAAUAGGGUCACUGUCAUGGUUUUUAGGAGUGACUAUUUCACCUACCACAACCCUGUUGUACAACACAGCUCUCAGGCUGUCCUCAGUCCCCUUACAAAGCCCCGGUUCACAAAUAAGUGCAUUUCUAUCACAUCCCUGUGCCUUCUCCUCAGUCAUUUCUUCACAUGCAUGGAUUUCCUCGCAUAGCAAAUCAUUUGGGUAGGAAAAAACACCACCUACAUCCUCCUUGUGAAACCAAACACUAGCUGGACUUGCAUAUCACAGGCAACAUUGCCUCACGCUCAACUGGUACCAGGAGAAAGAAGGAUGCAAAAGGCAGCAGAAAGCAGCCACAAAGCACUGAGGUUCCAGCCCUCCCCCGUCGCAGCAGGACGCAGUGCCACAGAGCCACCCAUACCAAACAGCCACUGUUAACCUCCCCAGCUCGAUUCAGCGUGACAGUGACACUUCACAGCACAUUGCAUCCAAUCUCAUUUGAAGCUGACAAAGAUUGUUUCUGUUUUAUAUCUAUUGGUUUAUUAAUGGACUACAGCCUCUUAAGCAGAUGCAUAUUCAUUAGAUAGCCAGCUGUUAGGAGGUUCCCAGAUGUCGAAAGUAGCUCUGUCUUGGAAUGCAUUCUUUUCCUUGCCAUGAAACAAAGUAAUUGUAGCUCUGUUAAAGAGCCAGUUAAUUAGUGAACUAGUACCGUAUGGCACAUGAUUUAAAAAGAAGAAAAAUCUGUAAAUUUGUGAACAGUGAAGACAGUUUUGAAACUCAGGGCUGAGCUGCACCGUACACAUGGAGCACUGACGACAGAGAGAGUUGGCUUAUGCCAUGUAAAGAAAUCCCAGCUGCAGACAUACAGGGAUACACUGAGGUUUGCUCCCUGCUUCAUUUGCUACACUCAGCAGAUUUCCUUUUACUGCUUAUCCUUACGUAUUUUAAAGGCUGCUUUACCUGACGAGGACCAAACUUCUGUAGAUCCCAGCUAGGUAAAGUUGUAACCAGACCAAGCCAUGCAGACUGAAUUUCAAAUUCCACAGGCCCCCAUUUUGUAUCACAAUAUUUGCAGGGCUCACCACAUUGUCUUUACAACUUGUUUCUGCCUUUCUUUCCCUGGAGCUCUACAAGCAGCUCCCAUAAGGCACAUCUUAGAAGUGCAGCUACAACAAUAGCCAUCCUCUCUCCCACCAGCCCAGGAGCUCUCCCACAGAGCCGUCUAAAAGUUAGGGAACGUCAGCUCCAAAUCUGAGUGCUUUGGAAAACAUUCACAGUGAUUGUGUGCUUCUGGCUGAUGUGAACAAGCUGCAGAGCCACACGUUCCAUCACCACACAGCCCCAGCCUCCUAGGAGCAGCACACAGUGCUGCUUUGUCCUCAAGAAAGAGCUGUGCUUCAAUUCCCGGUACAGGAAGAAGAGGACAACUCCUGCUCUCCUGCUGCAGGCAGAGCUCCCUGGCUGGAAUAACUGGAGGCAGGUAUUCAGUAUCUGGUUUCCAAUUCUCUCAUUCUUUUUGCCAGUCAAAUCUGUCAGCCAGUGCCCAGAACAGUACAUCAAGUGAUUCUUCAGCAUGCUGACAUUUCUGACUGAAAGUUUCCUUAGCAGGCAAAUAUUUUGCUUAAAACAAAGAUUUUCAAUGCGCAGUCAAACCCUGUGGGUUUGCCUGAAACAGUUGUGACUUUUAGCGAGUGGUGGCUUUGAAUACUUGAAGGGUGGGGGAGAAAAAUUACAUCUCCAUGAAAAGCUUUAAUCAGAACCAAGUGAAGAUACUAUAAAAUGUCAUACGCCAUAAAAGUGUUUACAGCCACGCACAGAGGAACACAGAGGCAAUUUUGUAGAGUGACUCCUGGAGCAAAGGCCUCAGAGAAUAAAAGUGUCUUUAGAUAUUUGUUAUCCUGUUAGAGUUGGCAUCACCUUGAGUAUACAAUGCCUGCCUGCAUUAUGUAAACACUUCAUUGAUAAAUCCCUCCCCCACCUCCCUUAAGCAGUGUCAGACUGUUCUUAGCUGACAGAUAUAGCUGAAACAGAUGCUGCUAUAAAUACCCUUGUUUAGCUGUUUUGAAUAUAAUUCCUUUUGUAGAACACAGUGGAUGCUCUAGUUAUCCCUGAACCUGCACCUGUGCUGCAGUUUAUUACUCCUUUGCACAUAUUAUGAUUUUAUUUUUUAAGAAAGGAUUGAAAAAACUACACAGGGAAUGGCUCCAAAUUUCCUGACGUACAGACAACUUUUAGAAAGGAUUUCACUUAUUUUGACUACAAUUUUCUUAAGUCUACCACCUCUGCACUCUGUAGCUUCUAAAGUUGACCUCUUACUACAGAAUACAGUCUAUCCCCUCUCUUUUUUCCCUGUAGGCUCUAAACUCUAGUUAUAGAUUGCUGCUUUUCAGUUUGGUGUACAAAGGCUAUGCUGCUACACUGCCAGCAGUCACAGCACUUUCAAGACUGCCUACAGUUUGUCCUUCAACCUGGAGCACUGGUCUGUGACUGGUCUGGGGGGGAAAAGCAAGGAUGUCAGAUCUGGCCAAUGGCCAGCGUGGCAAAGCUAAAUCCAUGCUGAUAUGGCAGCACACCAUGCAGCCACAUGCUGCAUACACACUAGGCUUUUGGACAGUUUGCAGUUAUAGCUGGACCUGGCCUUAACAAGAACAUAGGAGCAUGGCUUAGAUUAUACUCUAGUUAUUCUGAGGAGGAGCUGAUGAAUGGUCAAACUAUCACCAUGCACACAGCAGCUCAUUUGUAUUUUACACCUGGAAAGGUAAUUUGUUUUCAAUUCUUAAUAUGCUAUUUUUCCUAUCACCUGAAAUAUUGAUAUUUUAUGAUAUCCAUCUUAAAUGUGGUCAAUACAUUUUGCUUAACACUCACAAUCCAUUUAAUAUUCUGUCUCUAAAGAUGUAAGCCAUAUUCUGCUAAGCACAAUAACCUACACUCUAUGUCCUUCACUUUAAGUAAAGGAGAGAACAGGUGGAAACUCCAUGAAAAAGGCUCUCAUCACUGCAGGUAGCAGUUGCAUCAGGGUGCACACGACCUAUGUUCCAAAGAGAUCUUAUCACACCAUCCUCUCUGAUGUAUAUUUUGGUUUAUAGGAAUUCCCUCCCAUCUACCUGCAGAAAUCAGCAGUCAAUGAAGGAACUUCUCGCACUCCAUACAGCCCUGUUCACAAUUAAAACAUCAACCCACAGAAAGAAUGAUGCAUGGUUUGGGCAGUGAAUCAGUUCAGUGCUACAACUGGUCUGUAAGCCCACGUACCACUAAGGGAUCUUUGACAAACCCAAAGAUCCACUCUGGACUGACCAAGCCUUUUCCAACAGCGUUACUCUGAUAAAUGCUUAGUUACAAUUCACCACUCAAUUAGAUGCCAAAUCAUCAGUUCCUCAAAGAGAUCUGAGCAAUGUAAACAACAACAUGAUCUUUAAACUCAACGGCUACUAUUUAACCAGCUAAACUUACCUUAAGAGGACAGUAUAAUGAACAGGUUUGCCCAAGUCACCAGAAAGCCUUCUAAAGGCAGCAACACCAACUAUAGGCUUAGUUCUCCUUGUCACCCAUUUACCCUCCAGAGCUGCCUUUCUUCCCACCACUAUUUUGCAUAUAUUGAACCAGUCUGAACCUUCCCAUCUGUCAGCACGAGGUUUUGAGGGCAGUUAUUCCAAAGAAGUCUGAAGGUUUCAGAAGAGGAACCAGAGCGCUCUCUCCCACUCAGCCGUUAAAGCCUGCCUUGAUUACUUUGAUGUAACAACACUUGAAAGCUCCUAUUCUUUGAAACUAAUUUAAACACAUUGAAUUGUUGAAAGAUUAAAAACCGCAGUCAGCUAAUUACACUCACUCUCAUCUCUUAUUCAGCAAAUGAAUCACUUUUCAUUACCACUUAGCUGAAGUACAUGAAUUUCUGCCUAAUUAGAAAUGUUGUAGAUGGAACAUUAGCAAGGCUGGAGCGGGUCAGGAUAUCUUGCCUGCUUCAUUUUUAAUUCCUAACAGUAGAGCCAGAUAGGAAAGGCUUCAGAUAAGAAGUCAUUAAACAAUUUUAAAUUAUUUAUAAAAAUUACUUUGCCCAAAUUAAAAUUAUUUUUUUUUCCCCAAAUGCUCUCAUAAAUGUCAAAUGGAAUGAAAAGAAAAGCAGCCCAACAUUGAUUUUAAUGAACAUUUUAAUGUUAUGUAUAACAGAACAUUAUGAAUACAAUGGAAACAAAGUUUUAUCAACUUAAUAAUAAAAAAGAAAUUCAACGUAAGAAAAGGGAGGAAAUAAAUUUCAUACCUAUAGUAUAGUGCUUAUUCUUACCAAUAUUCCCAGCUUGUGAAUAUAACAAUAUCUUUGUAUUCCACAUUCUAGAAUCAUGAUUCAUGUGAACUCAGAUGCAGAUUUAGACAAGGAAAAAAAAAACAAA